CGAAUUAAGGACAUCCGGCUCAUCCUAUUGCUACUCUGUGUGGUUUAGAAUUCCUGGUUUCAGGUUUUGUGGUGGGAGGACAUGCACGUCAAUAACUUUACCUUUGGAGCCUCAGAAUUUAGAACAGAAAGAGAUGUGUGUGCUUGCUUUGCAUCAGUAUAAAAUCCAGAGACUACGCUUUAUUUUUGAGCAGCUUUACUUGAAACCUUUUCACAUGCUUAUUGAUUAUUGGUUUUUUUAGGACUUUGCAGAAUCAAGGAAAGAAAUGGACAUGCAGGUUCCAUUAGGAGUGAGAAAGGGUGGUUGGACUGAGGAAGAAGACUGUCUUCUGAAGAAGUGCGUUGAGAAACAUGGAGAGGGGAACUGGCACCAAGUCCCUCGCAAAGCAGGAUUAAAUAGAUGCAGGAAAAGUUGUCGGCUAAGAUGGUUGAAUUACUUGAGGCCAAAUAUAAAGAGAGGAAAUUUUGCCGUGGAUGAAGUUGAUCUCAUUAUCAGGCUUCAUAAGCUGCUUGGCAAUAGAUGGUCGCUAAUUGCGGGUAGACUUCCAGGAAGAACAUCGAAUGAUGUCAAGAAUUUCUGGAAUACCCGUUUGCGGAAGAAACCGAAUGAUCAAAGGGAAGAUGUACAGAAAUCAAAAAUGACCCAGAGCACGAUGGAAAAAACCGAAGUCAUACGGCCUCAACCUCGAACCUUCUCGAAGAAUCUACCUUGGUUGAUGGGUAAAACUAUUAUUACAGAUAAAACUGAUCAGACGAAAGAGAAUUUCUCCAAGCCAUUCCCAACUCCUUCACUGGGGGAUGAUGACGGAAUAUUAUGGUGGGAUAACAUGUUGUCUGAUCCUGAUAUUAACAAAGGAAUGAUAACAUGGACCAAUCAUGAAUUGGAGGGUGGGGGUGAAAAGGUAGAAUUAGGUAUGCAAGCAGCUGGUAGCAAUCUUUUCAGCUGUGUUCAAGAAGACGAUCAGAAUGAUUGGAGUGACUUUUGUAUGGACAAUAUGGAUCUUUGGGAUAUUUUAGGAGAUGAUCAAGUAGUACCGUGACAUUUCAUUUUUCUUUGAAAUAUUUAGUGUCGAUUGAGUUUCGUCUUUUAUGAUUUUAGUAUUUCUUUUUAUCAAUCAAAUUAAUAAAGAUUUUAGUAAAAUAGAGGAGACGAUACUCCUUCCUUCCCUUUUU